CAUCAUCAUCAUUGAAUAGUUCAUUCAUAAAAUUUACUUUCGGUGUCGUGGCCGCAUCAAAAUUUGGAAGGACCAAAAGUUUUGUUAUUUGAGAAUUUGCCGAAUUUGCAGCUUUUAUUCAACGGAAUCGGAAUUUACUCAAUCGGAAUUUCCUCUAAUCAUGGAAAAAACCGAACCGGAUAUCUGCGAUACGAUGCAAAAUGAUGAUUUCUUCCGAAUCUUCCUGGAGGAUCGUCAGGAGGCCAAAGCGAAUCUUUCCACGACCAUGACCAUUACGGAGCAGAUAGCCAAGUUGUCCGAGGGUCUGGAACAAAUUUCGGCUCAUCUGCAGACGCAGGUCCGCGGUCAGUAUGGAGCGCUUCUGUCCCAGGCAAAUCACGCAGGUCGACUCCACACGGCCAUCAGUUCCAUUUCCGGCCACAUUGACUCCCUGCAGCACAGUGCGGACCGAUUGAAGAAACAGAUUAACGUUCCGUACGAACAGCUGGAAACGCAAACCAAAAUCUUGGGCCAUUUGCAUGAGGCGUCCCAUGUCCUCCGGCAAAGUGGCCGGUUUUUGCAAAUCUAUAAAGCCUUGGACAAGGCGACGGAACUUCCGGAACAGGCACGGAUCGUGUAUGAACUUGAAAGCGUCAUGGAAGACGUUGACCUGAGUCAAAUAGAGUUCUUGAAAGAUGAAAUUUCUGCCAUGACCGCAGUGAAGGCUCGUCUUGUGAAGGUUGCCAAUAGGGAUCUAUUCCAAGGCAUUCAAAAUGCAAAGGAAGACGAAACAAAGAACUGCUUGAAAAUUUUCCUCAAUUUAAAAACACUUGCAAAGUGCCUGGAAAACAUUUCGGCCACUUAUCAGAGAUACAUUAGAGAUUCUAUAAAAGAAUGCUACGCGGCUUCGGAUGUUGGAAAAUUGCGUAAGCAGGAUACAUCUUCCGGCAGCAACAACAAAGACAAGAUUGAUAGAGGUUCCACGAAAGGUCCCGGAAAGGCUCCGGUUUUGGGCAGUUCGACUCACUUCCGGACCAAACUGUGGCAAGCUCUGGAAUGGCUCUUCUUGGACGAAUUCUACAGCUACUGUCAGCAGAUAGCAUUUCUACAGCGUUGUUUGCUGGGCUUACCCUUGUCGGAGGAUUGCCUCACCAUGGCCAAAACCAUAGGCAAGGACUUUUGGAAUAAAUUGGAAAAGCAACUUAUCGAAUCGUUUUCGACUGCUCAGCCGCACGUUUACCAAGCGCUUCAGCAGGGCCUUCCGAAGAUGCUUUCCGUGGCACGUGCCCUGGAGAAGAAAAUCGACAACGCGUUUGUGUUUGGAGAAAAGACAUUUGUGGCACUGGAGGCCGGAUAUCUGGAGAAGUGCGCCAACAAUUUGAAAACGGUGCUGGUCGAUAUAGACUUUCCGAACCAGGAAGUUAUCGAUAACGUCGUACGAGUGGCUUCUACGGAGUUGAAUGCAGCAAUUGUGGAUGAUCGUCUGACGCGUCAGGUGACGGACGUAAUUUGUGCAUCGAACCAAGACUUGUGGAACAGAAUAGAACGCAAUGUGAAACUUGGAGGCGACACGCAGCAAGUUUUGGAUAAUCCCAAUGUAUCCCAGUCGCAGAAUAUUACACUGGCAAACAUUGUCCACUACCACCACGAAGCAAUUUGCAGACUGAUUCAAAACUUAGGCCCGAAUUUCGUCAGCACCGAUUCGGCGACCAAGUUGAAAAAGAGUCUUAACGAUGGUCGUACGAUAACCCUUGCCAUCAUGCAACAACUGAUAGCGUCGAUUCAUUCUGCCGUGAAUAUAAUAUUGCUAAGUAUGCACCGCGAACCGGGUCUCAAUACGGCAUCGAUUUCCACGGCUGGCCCGUCGUUCUACAUGAAAGAGCUACAGGAUUUCUUGGUGCGUUCGUGGAAUUCCCACAUUGUUCCAUUCGCGGACAAGUCAGUGAUCGAUGAAAGCGGACAGCAUUUGGCUGCUCGAUGCAUUGAGCUUUUCGUGCAGAAUGUUUCGAUUCUGCGACCAAUCUCCAACUCUGGCCGACAAAGACUCAAAGCCGAUUGCCAUCAUUUGGAACUGGCGCUGAAGCCCAUUGUUCCUGAUUUGGCGGUUUUAGGGAAAAGCUUUCGCUUGUUGAGAGCCAUGUCAUCGCUUCUGGCAGUUUCGGCUGAGGAAUUGAUAGAGCACACUUCGGGAGCCGGUGGAGUGGUACCAUCCUAUAUUGUCCUGUUCAUGUUGUUUGGCUUUGCUGGACCGGAUUUAGCCAGCCCACAUGCUACAGCCGGGUGGUCAAAUGAGAAACUGAUUCAGUGGUUGGAAUCACAUUCCUCGGAACGUGAUAGGUUGGAACUGAUCACAGGGGCUUUACAAAAAUAUCGAGCCGUCGUUCGACAGAAGAACAUUUCCCAAUACGAUGUGGUGUAUCCGCUAAUUGCCAACUAUUUGGAGGAAUCUUUGAAAGAGCUUGCAUCCCAAUAGUACAACUUUAGACAGGUGAGUAUUUGAGCCAAAAUUGCAAUAGAAAUGAUUUUUAGAAUAAUUUAGAUCGUGACAUGAUUAUUUUGCGUUUUUUUAAGUUGUAAGUUACAACUUAUAUCUUUUUUUCAAACAAAAGUAUUCGUUAUUACUGUGAAUCAAUCAUUUUUUACGCUUGUUUUUAAAUACGCAUACUUAAUACCAUACUUAAUACUUAAAUACCAUACUUCAUCCUUUUCUUCAUAUUUGGGAUGCCCUUCAAGUAAUCGUAAGUUGUAAACACAAGGACACACUUCGCAGGAAUUCGAGAGAAUUUUCUACCCGUUGAAUUAUUGGAAGUUUCAUCAGUGUUGAAAUCGACUCUAAUAAACCCAUCAAACAUUUCAAAGAUAAAAACAAAAUCUUCAGCAUCAUUGAUGAAAAGAAAUCAAUCGUGUUACGUUCUCUCAAUUUCUAAAAUACUUUUAUUGCACUUUGUAGGCAUUAUCCAUUAUGUAUAAUAUAUUAUUUUUGCUAUAGUUGGCAGAUAUGAAACACUAAAUAUAUUUUAUUUUGGCUGAAUUUGAA